AUGCGCCAAAUCCACAUAUCAAAUCCAGCACGACCAAUAGUCCUCGGCAUCUACGGCAUUCCAGGCUCCGGAAAGUCUUUCAUCCUCGAGUACCUGCGCAAAGAACUGGGUGAGGAAGAAUUCGCAUUCUUCGAAGGCUCUGAAGUUAUUGCCUCUCUCGUCCCCGGGGGCCUUGCCGAAUUUCACAAACUCGAUGAGCACGAAAACUUCUGGUCCAAGGAGAAGGAUAGACCCGAAGAUAUCCUCACAGGCGAUGACUGGGAAACGUUCACCCAUAUCAUCUACCUUAGACCUGACGAGCAGACCAUCAUGUCAAACAUCGAGAGCGAUAAGAAGGACAGAUCUUGCAUGUCCGGUUUGACGGAGGAGAAUUUGGGUUAUUGGCAAAGCCAUGAAAUCUAUCAGCUGCGAGACAGAUGCUCGGAGAAUCAUAUUCUCUUUGCUAACAUCCAGUCGCCCAUGCCCCGGGAUGUCCUGCUCCAUGUUCGAGACUUCAAAAAGCCGGCGACAGCUGAAGCAAACAUCGCAGAGGUGACAAAGCGACUUGACGAGAUCGUUGCUUUGCACGACAGCAAAGAACUUCAGACAUUCCUAGUCUUUGAUGCUGACAAAACCUUGUCGGCCGAAGAUGGUGGCCGUCUCUUCAUGCGCGAGGUGGAGGGAGACGAUUGGGGAAUUGGCGGCGAUCUCGUGAGCGAUAUCUUCCGUGGUCCGAUGGGCUACUCGGAUGCUGCGUUCCGCCAGGCGACCUUGCUUCUGGAACAGAAAUGCACUGAUGAGGUGUUCGAAGAGCACUGCAACACGGUGUCAGCGUCCGUCCCCCUACGCUUCGAGUUCAUGUCUCUCUUGAGCCUCGUCGCACAGAAGAAACACAUUGGCGCUGUCGUUGUGACCUGUGGCGUGGGGCGUCUAUGGACCAAGAUCUUGGAACGCGCCGGCCUCGCCGACUGUGUCAAAGUGAUUGGUGGUGGGAGAUUCUCGAGUGGUUACAUCGUCACUCCUGAUGUCAAGGCUGCUGUUGUGUCGCACCUCAGAGACAAACAUGAGCUCUACGUCUGGGCUUUUGGCGACAGUCCUUUGGACAUCCCCAUGCUUUUGGAGGCGUACCAAGCGAUUGUUGUUGUCGGCGAAAAGGACAAGAGAAGCAAGACUAUGGAUGAAGAAUUGGACAAGGUGAUUCGAGACGAUCACCUGCGAGCCCGACAGGUCCUCCUGCCGAGUACAUCGUCGCCUAGACUUGACACCAACACUCUACCUGUUGCCAGGAUUGACGUAGACUUCUUCAAGUCAAUUUUCGAUCGCCGUCCCGAUCGCCAGCCUCUCAAGCUCUCCCAUGCUACCGAUAAAGCCGCCGCUAAACUCCUCAUUUCUCCCAUGCGCGACGCCGCAGUGUUUGGCCCAAUGCUACGACAAGCGCAUGCCAAUGUCGGACGAUAUCUCGCCAUCGAGUAUUUAUCCGAGCUCAUCGGUCUCGAAGACUACGCCUUUCCCCACGUACAGGGCCAUAACACGACGGGCUAUUAUCUCUGCAAUGAAGCCGCCACUUCGAUCAUCGCUUUGAUGUGUGGCGGUGAACCGAUGGCAUUCGGCGUUAGCGAAGUGUUCCCACAAGCGAUGUUCAUUCAUGCCUCUAGCGCUGAAGACGUGAAGAUGCAUCAUGUCCAGGGACAGUCGAAUGUGAUCUUGGUGGACUCUGUGGUCAACAGCGGCAAGAGCGUGAUUGAGUUCAUCAAGCGUGUUGUCCGCCUUGAGCCCGACAUCAACAUUACAGUCGUGGCUGGUGUAGUGCAGGCUGAAGCGAUCGCUGAAGGUCAUCUAUUCGCGAAGGUGAUGAGACGACACGGCGCUGGAUUGAUUGCGCUCCGAGUUUCGGAGAACAAGUUUACUGGGACGAAGACGACGGACACUGGGAAUCGGCUGUUCAACACAACUCACUUGGCUUAG